AUGCCAUAUUCUUGUUAUUUAAUCAAUUUCACUUUCAUUGUUACUACUACUACUACUACUACUACUACUACUACUACUACUACUACUACUACUACUACUACUACUACUACUACUACUACUACUACUACUACUACUACUACUACUACUACUACUACUACUACUACAAUUUCUACUCUUUUGAUAUCCAUCGUGUUAAUUGAGUGUCAUCUUGAUGUGGUAUGGAAACCUUAG